GGAACAAUUGGCUUUCACUGUUUUCUACUUGUUGCUGAGAUUCUCUGCCUCAGAAGGAGACAGACCUUUCUGCUCUCAACUCAUCCUGAAAAAUAAAAGCGGAGCAGAUAGAUGAACCUAAAGCCUUUCUGGCUGGCUGAUUACAGGUGGAUUUGCAACAUUCAGGAAGAGAAAUUUCUCCUAGUUGCUGCACUUCAUUCUUCUUGUAGAAAAAAGAAAUGAGUUCAACUAUGAAAUACUGGAAUGCAUUUGGCUUUUCUUUCCUUGUUAUCAAUUAUAAUGUGACCAUUAUAGGAAAGAUUUGGCUAAUCUACAUCAUUCUGAUGAAGCUCAUGCUGAUAUCGCUCGGGGCAUAUCCUCUCUAUGAAGAUGAAUUGGCAGCUUUUGUCUGCAAUACCAACCAGCCAGGAUGCCCAAGCAUGUGCUACGAUGCUUUUACAGCAGUCUCUCAAGUUCGGUUCUGGUUGUUUGAGUUGUUGUCUGCCUUGCUCCCUUUUGCAGUGUUUGUUAUCUGCAUCUUGCACAGUGCGGUCAAGCAAGUUGUGGAGGUCUAUUCUCUCCCUUGCACUUUUUGCAAACAGAUCAAAGCAUCCAUUGGUCUUAGAGUUACCGAAACUUCCUUUGGUGAGCCAACAAAAAGUAAAAUCACUUGUGGGGCCCAUGAAUUGGUAAUUCCUGAUUUUUCACGAGCAUAUGCAAUUCAACUGCUCAUGAGAAUAAUGAUAGAAGUUGGCUUUGGAAUUAGUAGUUACCAUUUGUUUGGCUUCAUUGUUGACAAAUUCUAUAAUUGUACUGAGGAAAUUUGUCCAAGUAAUAUAACCUGCUACGUCCCCAGAUCCACUGAAAAAUCUGCCAUGAUUAUCUUACUGUGGGUUGUCAGUUGUUUCUCCCUAUUUCUUGGCCUUGUUGACAUGAUUAUGGUUAUAAAAGAGUGUAGAAAUAGGCUGUGUGUCUCCAACAAGUCAAAGAUAUGCAGGACUCGCCGGCACCAAAGAGAGAGAGGAAGCAGAGAUUUAUUCAACUUUGAUGACAUUGAGGAUUGUACAAGUAUUCCCAUGAAAAGAUAUAAAAAAGAAAGAUACUGUUCAAAAGAUUUUGCUUUUUAAAUCUAUCCUAAGUCUGCAUUGAGCUGAGGGAAAACUAUGCAUGUAUUAUCUUUUCAUUUACAAACCAUAUAACUUUAUGUACCAUUUAAUGCUUGCAUAUUUGGAGAAAGAAAGGGAGCUGAAGAUCACAACCCUUCCUUCUCUUAAACAGUGUUCUUCAACCUAGGCAACUUAAAGAUGUGUAAAAUUCACAUUUCUCCAGCCAGUCAUCCUUCCCAUUCAGACUAUUUUUUAAAGAAGAUUGCCCCAUCCAGUAUAGGCAGCUGAGUUUUGGAAAAGCUCACAGGGAUGGAGAGGUAAAUAAUGAAUGUCCUGACUUCUGAAACCAGCAUCAUCUCUGGGGGCACCUAUAUAAACUUUUACUUAGGAUACAGACUAGUCCAAAAAACUUUAUGAUAAAAUAGAUGAAACGUUUUAAAAAACAGUGGGAAAAAAUUAUGUCUGUAAGAUUUACAUCAUUUAUAUGACAAAAAAUUAGAAACUUUAUAACAUAAUGAGAUAUUUGCUUACAGCAGCAAAAAUGAAUUUUGCUUAACACUGGAACAAAUAAAAUUCUGGUCAUGUCUGAGUAGGAACUUAAAUUUGGAGAACAUGCAGCAAUCACAAAAUUAAUGGAAUAUAUGCCUAAAGGAAGUUUAACCAAAUUUAAGUAAGAAUGGUCCCAAACAUACAAUAUAUCAUGCUGCAUGGCAAAUCCAAUCACAGUCUGUCAUCUAAGGAGGCUUAAAAUCAACAAUUUUGUACAUUAGCAGAUAUGGAUAAUGGGGAAUAUUAGAAACCCAAUUAGUUCUUUUCCCUUUUCCUUCCCCCUUUUCAUAAUUAUUGCAUGCUUAUGAUAUAUUUUACCUAUAUUAACAUGAACUUAUAUACAUCUCUCUCUGUGUCUAUAUAUAUAUAUAUAUAGCUAAAAUAUUACACUAUAUAUUUCAAUACUCAGCUCAUGUUUAUAUGCUUUGAUAUAACCUGCAGAUAGAUUAAAUUUCUUUUGCUUACAGUAUUUCUUUUUAUUAUCAUGCAUAUAUAACUAUAUAUCCAUACCUAUAUCUACAUAUAAAACAUUACAAUACAGACUUCAAUAGUUUGAAGUUUGAAACUUUUAUUGCAUAACAAAUACUUUGAUAUA